AUGGGUUUCCUCAUCUCCCUCCUCGACCCUCUCAUUGGCAAGAUUAUCUUGACAGCCCUAAUCGGCGGGAUCCUAGCCUAUUCGCUCCUUCCCCAACACGACCCCAACGCCCUCGUCCCCCUCUCCGUCAACUUCCACUUCACCCGCCGAUGCAACAAGACCUGCGUCUUCUGCUUCCACACCGAGAAGACCAGCCACGUCGCCCCCCUCGAAGACAUGAAGCGUGGUCUCCACCUCCUCGCAGAAGCCGGCAUGAAGAAGAUAAAUUUCGCCGGCGGCGAGCCGUUCCUAUACCCCAAGUUGCUCGGCCAGCUCUGCCAGUACUGCAAGGAGGAGCUGAAGUUGGAGUCUGUAUCUAUCAUCUCGAACGGCACGAAGAUCGAUCGGAAGUGGUUGGUGGAGAAUGGGAAGUAUGUCGAUGUCCUGGGUGUUAGUUGUGACAGUUUCGACGAGGAAACGAAUAUCAGGAUCGGUCGUGGCACCGGCGACAACGUCAAGAAGCUAUUCGAGAUCCGCGAUUGGUGCCGCGAGCUGGGCAUCAAAUUCAAGCUGAACACGGUCGUCUUACUGUGGAACUGGGAAGAGGACAUGUCCGAUACCAUCAAGGAUCUGGAUCCCUUCCGCUGGAAAGUCUUCCAAGUCCUGCCCGUGGAAGGCGAGAACGACGCCCCUGAACAGGAGACAGACCUCGACAAGCGCAAGCGCAACGCCAACAAGGUGCUGAUCUCCGACGAGCAGUUCGAGGCUUUCUGCGACAGGCACAAGCAUCUGCCAUGCUUCGUGCCCGAGUCGAACCAGCUGAUGGCGUCGAGCUACCUGAUUGUGGACGAGUAUCUCCGUUUCUUGGAUAAGGGCAGUGGGAAGGAGACGGCUUCUGAGAGUCUUCUGAGAGUUGGGGUUCAGGAGGCGAUGGGGCAGGUAAGGUGGGAUCAGAAGGCGUAUGAGGAGAGUGGGGCUGUGUAUGAGUGGAGCAAGAGGGCUGGUGAUGAAGGAUGCGAUGGCGGGUUGUCGAAGAAGUUGGAGUGGUGA